AAGCACACGGUGAUAUAACUCUAAUACCACUUCGUCUGUGCACCACAAUCAACACACUUCGCGUGUUCUAAAGCGGGGUUGAUAGCAUGACCAUUUUUUGGCCAGAUUUCAGAUAGUUUGUUUCGGAUUUUCCAGUCCAACUUUUGAAAAUGCUCCAAACAAGUGUCUUUUUUCUAUGUCUACUUGCCGUACGGUUUUCAAAAGGCAACCAAACGCAUUAUAGCUCAGGAGUUGGCGGGGACCUAUGCGAGGACAACCAGAGGGUGUGUCUGAAAGGCGAGGCCUCCUGCAUCAACAACACGUGCAUCUGCGACACGGACAAAGGCAGAGGCAACUUCGCCUGCUACUAUCCAUGCGACGCAUACGCUGAGAUAAAAAAUGACCCGCAGGUGAUAAGUUUUGCUUUUGAAAGGACCGAGUUACCCAUGCCGUGUCGAUAUUUGGUGACCCACGUGGACAUGGAGUUUCUAGCUACCGAUUACAUCACAUCUGCUGGUGUGUGUACAAUAAAGGUCUACAGCUUCAGCACUAAAGUGAGGGGCAAGUUUUUCAUCCAUGGUUUCGACGUCUUCAUCAACGUCACAUCUCACUCCGUGCACGUGGGAGCUUCGUUCCGGGUUAUAGGGUCAGCGUCCAACGGAGUCUAUGAGUUCGUCAGCUGGGGUAAGCCAACAGGCAGCGAGCGGACACCCUGGGGUGACCCUCCAACAGUAAACGCCUUUGGACAGGUACUGAAGCUUGUGUACGAUGACGACAACAACAGGGUCACUCUAAACGUCGACAGAUGCGGAUCUAGGAUACACUUCCGGCCCGUCAACAUCAAUCAAGGGAAGGACCAGACGCAGAUUCCGGGGCUUUCUGUUGCCUUCACAAAAACUAGUAUCUUGCACUGGUUGUCACUUGACAAUGUCAUGGCACUUCCGCUAACGGGCCACACCCUGGGGGAGGUGGCCAAUAGACUGAACCUGGCGCCAGAAGAAGCCAUGAUCGUACGGUCCCUCCAUGGGGCGGCGGACCAGAAUUUCCCCGGCUCCCCGCCUGGUUGUCUAGACCUGGUCGGCGUGAUAUCCAGGUGCAACCACACUGACUUAAGGAAGGAAGCCUUGCAGAUGUGCGCCUUCAUUCUCAUGUGGCCGAGGUUCCUCAGGACUUGGACCAGGCUGAACCCCACCUCGGCCCAGUCAUCAUUAGAGCUGUUCGGCCGUUGUGUCGAGGCCUUUUGUUUCCGUGACGUCGUCAAAUGCAGAGCGGUCAUCGAUCAGAUUAGCGCUGAUCCUUUUGCCGGACCCAACGCCUUAGUGGAAACGUUGGGGUUCAACUGUGUUUUCUGAGAACAGAUUUCGUGUCGGAAAAAUAGUCUUAGCUUUUUAGAAAUGUUUGAAUGCUGACUUACAGCCGAGGUGUAAAGCUAAUAAAGUAAACAUAA